GGUGCGCCGUGACGUCAGGCGCAGCGCGGUGAGGUCAGUGCGGCGCCGCUGCCGGACCCGCUGCCCCUCGGUGCCCGGCUCCCCCCCUCCCCCUCCCUCCUCUUCCUCCUCUUCCUCCUCCCCCCUCCCCCCCUCCCGCCGCUCCGCGACGCCGCCCUCAGCGGCACCGGCACCGGGACCCGGCCCCAGCGCGGCCCGCCCGGCCCCGCCCGCCGCCGCCGCCGCCGGAGAUCUUUCUUUCAAUAGUAGCCUCGAAAAUGAAGGUCAGAGGGUUCAGCUGGUGAAGAAGAACCGAAAACCUCGAAGGGUCAACUCGGAUUUCAGAUACGGUAUCUGAAGGCAUCUGUGCCUGAAGCCACGGAAGAUAGAUGGACAAGCCAAGCAACUUCUGACUCUGCAUCAUUUUCUGGGGCAAAAUUCUAUGGCAAUGUAUCCUACAAGGGUGUCCGGUGAGGAAUGCAAUGGGAUCAACAGCAUGUCGGCAGAGAGCGGCCCUGGAACGAGACUGAGAAACCUGCCGGUGAUGGGGGAUGGACUUGAAGCCACCCAGAUGUCUACAGCGCAGUCCCAGGCUCAGCCCCAGCAAGGCAACGUUGUAGGUGUUAAUCCCCCGCCGCCGGAGACCUCCAACCCCAACAAACCCAAGCGACAGACCAACCAGCUGCAGUAUCUGCUCAAGGUGGUGCUCAAGACCCUGUGGAAGCACCAGUUUGCGUGGCCUUUCCAGCAGCCCGUGGACGCUGUCAAGCUCAACCUCCCUGAUUAUUACAAGAUCAUUAAAACCCCGAUGGAUAUGGGAACAAUAAAGAAGCGCUUGGAGAACAACUACUACUGGAAUGCUCAAGAAUGUAUCCAGGAUUUUAACACCAUGUUUACAAACUGCUACAUCUACAAUAAGCCAGGGGAUGACAUAGUCUUAAUGGCAGAAGCUCUGGAAAAGCUUUUCCUGCAGAAGAUCUCGGAAAUGACCCAGGAGGAAACGGAAAUCGUGAUCGCCCAGACGAAAGGCAGAGGACGCGCGAGGAAGGAAGCAGUGACCUCCAAACCAGGAUCAUCCACGGUACCAAACCCACCCCAAGCAUCGUCCCCGGCGCAGCCGCCGGCGCCGCCGCAGCCGCUCCAGCCCGCGCCGCCGGCUCAUCCCUUCCCUUCCGUCACCCCCGACCUCAUCGUCCAGACCCCGGUGAUGACCAUGGUGCCUCCUCAACCUCCCGCGCCCCCUCCGCCGGCUCCCCAGGCCCCCGCGCCGCCGGCCCCGGCUCCGCAGCCCAUCCAGCCUCACCCUCCCGUUAUCCCCACGCCCGCCCAGCCCGUGAAGACAAAAAAAGGGGUGAAGAGGAAAGCAGACACCACCACCCCGACCACCAUCGACCCCAUCCACGACUCCUCAUCGCUGCCCGCCGAGCCCAAGUCCACCAAGCUGGGCCCACGGCGGGAGAGCAGCCGCCCGGUGAAGCCUCCAAAGAAAGAUGUUCCAGACUCUCAACAGCACCUGGUUGAGAAGAGCAGCAAGAUCUCGGAGCAGUUGAAGUACUGCAGCGGGAUCAUCAAGGAGAUGUUCGCCAAGAAACACGCUGCCUACGCCUGGCCCUUCUACAAGCCCGUGGAUGUGGAGGCUCUGGGGCUGCACGACUACUGCGACAUCAUCAAGCACCCCAUGGACCUGAGCACCAUCAAAUCGAAACUGGAGAACCGGGAAUACCGGGACGCGCAGGAAUUCGCGGCGGACGUGCGGUUGAUGUUCUCCAACUGCUACAAGUACAACCCCGCGGAUCACGAGGUGGUGGCCAUGGCACGGAAGCUGCAGGACGUGUUCGAGAUGCGCUUUGCCAAGAUGCCGGAUGAGCCGGAGGAACCCGUGAUUCCAGCGUCUUCUCCCGUGGUGGUGCCACCUCCCACCAAGGUGGCUGCUCCCUCCUCCAGCGACAGCAGCAGCGACAGCUCCUCCGACAGCGACAGCUCCUCCGAUGACUCCGAGGAGGAACGUGCCCAGCGGCUGGCGGAGCUCCAGGAGCAGCUCAAAGCAGUGCACGAGCAGCUCGCGGCCCUGUCCCAGCCCCAGCAGAACAAACCAAAGAAGAAGGAGAAGGACAAGAAGGAGAAGAAGAAGGAGAAGCACAAAAAGAAGGAGGAGCUGGAGGACACCAAGAAGAGCAAAGCCAAGGAGCCACCACCCAAGAAGGCCAAGAAAAGCAACAGCAACAGCAGCACCUCCAGUAAGAAGGAGCCGGUGGCGGUGAAGAACAACAAGCCCCCUCCAGCCUAUGAGUCGGAGGAGGAGGACAAGUGUAAGCCCAUGUCCUAUGAGGAGAAGCGGCAGCUGAGCCUGGACAUUAACAAACUGCCUGGGGAGAAGCUGGGCCGGGUUGUCCACAUCAUCCAGUCCCGAGAACCUUCCCUCAAGAACUCCAACCCCGACGAGAUCGAGAUUGACUUUGAGACCUUAAAACCAUCCACGCUGCGGGAGCUGGAGCGAUACGUCACCUCCUGCUUGCGGAAGAAGAGGAAACCUCAAGCAGAGAAGGUGGAUGUAAUUGCUGGUUCCUCUAAGAUGAAGGGGUUCUCCUCCUCCGAGUCUGAGAGCACCAGCGAGUCCAGCUCCUCCGACAGCGAAGAGUCAGAAACAGAAAUGGCACCCAAAUUGAAGAAAAAAGGGCAUUCGGGGCGAGAGCAGAAGAAGCAUCACCAUCACCACCAUCAACCGGUGCAGCAGCAGCAGCCGCCGCCGCAGCCGCAGCCUCCGCCGCAGCAGCCGCCUCCUCCUCCUCCUCCUCCUCCACCGCAGCCGCUGCCGCCGCAGCCGCUGCCGCCGCAGCAGCCGCCGCCGCCACCCCCAGCACCACCGGUCCCUCAACAAGCUCCUCCACCACCAAUGAAGUCUUCUCCUCCGCCCUUCGUCCCUGCCCAGGUCCCCGUCCUGGAGCACCCGCUGCCGGGGAACAUGUUCGACACCAUGACGCAUUUCACCCAACCCAUCCUGCAUCUCCCGCAGCCGGAGAUGCCGCCUCAUCUCCCUCAGCCCCCCGAGCACAGCACUCCUCCCCACCUCAACCAGCAUGCCGUGGUGUCUCCUCCAGCUUUGCACAACGCUCUGCCUCAGCAGCCCUCGAGACCCAGCAACCGCGCCGCGGCGCUGCCCCCGAAGCCUUCGCGUCCCCCGGCCGUGUCACCAGCCAUCAGCCAGCAGCCCCUUCUCCCCCAGCCGCCGCUGCCCCAACCCCCCCAGGUCCUGCUGGAGGACGAAGAGCCUCCUCCUCCUCCGCACCACAACCUGCCUCUGAGCACCAGCCAGAUGCAGCUCUACCUUCAGCAGCUGCAGAAGGUGCAGCCUCAGACUCCUCUUCUCCCUUCAGUGAAGGUCCAGUCGCAACCGCAGCCGCCGCUGCAGCCCCCGGCUCACCCCGCGGUGCAGCAGCUGCAGCACCAGCCGCCACCUCGGCCCAUGCACAUGCAGCCCAUGCCCUUCCCAUCCCACCUCCCCCAAGCCCAGCCGCCGCCGCCGCAGCAGCAGCAGCAGCACCCGGCGCCGCAGCCGCCGCCGCCGCCGGCCAAGCCGCAGCAGGUCAUCCAGCACCACCCGUCACCGCGGCACCAUAAGCCCGAUCCCUACUCGACCGGUCACUUGCGGGAAGCCCCUUCCCCUCUCAUGAUGCAUUCCCCACAGAUGCCGCAGUUCCAGGGUUUGGUCCACCAGUCGCCACCUCAACAAACUAUCCAGCCAAAAAAGCAGGAGAUGAGAGCUGCCUCCGUCGUCCAAUCUCAACCCAUGGUGGUGAAGGAGGAGAAGAUGCAUUCGCCUGUCAUCCGUAACGAGACCUUCAGCCCCCCGCUGCGGCAAGAUCCACCGAAACACCCGGAGAACAUCAAACCACCCGCUCACAUCCCGCAACGGACGGAGAUGAAACCCAUGGAAGGGGGACGACCCGUUAUCAGACCCCCGGAGCAGAACCCACCACCACCAGGAGUGCAGGAGAAAGAUCGGCAGAAGCAGGAGCCCAAAACACCCGUUGCCCCCAAAAAGGACCUGAAAAUCAAGAACAUGGGGUCCUGGGCGAGCUUGGUGCAGAAGCAUCCCACCACCCCGUCCUCCACGGCCAAGUCCUCCAGCGACAGCUUCGAGCAGUUCAAGAGGGCGGCGCGGGAGAAGGAGGAGCGGGAGAAGGCGCUGAAGGCUCAGGCGGAGCAAGUGGAGCGGGAGAAGGAGCGGAUGCGGCGGGAGCAGGAGAGGAUGAGGAGCCGGGAGGAUGAGGAUGCCAUGGAGCAGGCGCGCCGGGUGCACGAGGAGGUGCGGCGGCGCCAGGAGCAGCAGCAGCAGCAGCAGCAGCAGCAGCAGCAGCAAGCGGCGGCGGCGGCGGCGGCGGCAGCUCCCCAAGCCCAGAGCUCACAGCCCCAAUCCUCCCAAUCCAUGUUGGAUCAGCAGCGGGAGAUGGCCAGGAAGCGGGAGCAGGAGCGGAGGCGCCGGGAAGCGAUGGCAGCGACGAUCGACAUGAAUUUCCAGAGCGAUUUAUUGGCCAUCUUUGAGGAGAACCUUUUCUAGCGGCGCCGGCGGCUCCGGCGCCCGUUUUGUUCCUCCCGAUUUGACUCUUUCCAAGGAAAA